UUCAUGGUAAGUAAUAUUAAGCUCGAGCUCCAUUAAUUAACUCGUGCAUGAAAGACGCGCGCGAGUUUGUGCGGCUGCUGUUAAGCUUGCGGAAGUUAUCAGUAGAAUAUGAUUCAUGAACUGUAUUGUAAAGAAGGAAUUGCAGAAUCAGAUGUUUUCAAAUUUGGGCAAAUUUGACCAACAAGCGUUCAGGUAUGCUUCAGACUUGUCAUUGAGCUGCAGUAAUGUCUGAAUCAACAAAUGUAGCAGAACAUUUGAGCAGUCAGUCUUCCCGUGUUCAUAGACCAGACUCCAAACCUGAUAAAGAAAGCCAUGAGGAGCAUCUGCGUUUAGCAAGUAUUGUGAAAGGUGUUCAUGCAGAGCUACGCAACAAGUACAAAAAAAGUACAGGAGAAACAGAUCUAGAGAGUAUUUGGUAUGAGCAUUGUCAGAAUAAACCUGUCCUCUCUCAAUAUGCAGAUGCCAUGCAUCAUCUUGCCACCGAUCACUGGGCCAAAAACCAAGAAACAAGAAUAGAUUGGUGUAGAGAGGUUAUUAAUGAAUAUUUCAAAGAAGAUGGCCUUAAAAAAAUUCUAGAUAAAGAAAGAAGACGGAAAGAAAAACACAAAGAAAGAGAGACGUUAAACUGUGAUGAUCCUAUGCAAACCAAAUAUAACAAGUGUCAAGAUUUUCAUGACACAGAGUUAGGUUGUAAAGUAACAGAUACCAGUGAUAUUGUUAAACCAACUGUUGGUGCUAAUUCUAUUUCUACCCGGACUGAUUUCGUGAUUGACACAGACAACAAAUAUGCCAGUACGGACCACAUAUCUAAUUCUUCAACUGAAAACAAAGUAACAGUGGACAACAAAUCAAUUGGAGAAUAUAAUGUUGUAGAUGUACCAGUAAAGGGUAGAAUACGACUACUGGAUGUUGGAAGCUGUUUUAAUCCGUUCCUGGAGUUUGAGGAGCUUCAAGCUGUAGGGAUAGAUAUCAGCCCUGCUACAGAGAGUGUUUUUCACUGUGACUUUCUUCAUCUACACACAACUGACCCCUUACAGGUUGCCAACGAUACUAUGACCACAUUUAUAAAUAAUUUAAAAGACCCCAUAGAAUGGUUGCCAAGGGAGUCGUUCCACGUAGUUGUAUUUUCUCUUCUUUUGGAAUACUUCCCUGCCCCAUAUCAACGCUGGAUCAGCUGCCAGCGAGCGCAUGAACUACUCAUGUAUAACGGGAUUUUGGUUAUAGUAACGCCCGAUUCCUCGCAUCAGAAUCGUAACGCCAGUCAGAUGAAAAGUUGGAAAAUUGCGAUCGAAUCUUUAGGUUUUAAACGUUGGCGUUAUAUUAAACAGGAGCAUAUACAUUGUAUGGUUUUUAGAAAAAUUGAAUUAACCGAUAAAGAUAAACAAGAAAGUUUUCUUAAAGGAAUUACGCCUGAUAUGAUUUACAUACCUCAGGAUUUUCACAAUGUACCAAACAAUUGUUCGGCCAGUGACGAUGAUGCAACGAGCCCGUAUAGUUACGAGGAUGAACAGUUUUAUAGAGAACAUAUUUUACAUGAACUACCUGUAUUAUCAUCAGAAUCUGAUGAUGUUGACGAUUAAAAAUUUGCUUUAUAGAUAACCUGGUUCUGAAAUUAGAAGGUUACAAAACAUUAGUCUUAAGUGAUUGACUGUCAUAAAAAAAUGCCAAUACUCGUAUAUUGUAUUAAUAGAACAUAAUUUGGAAAAUUGCCAAUAUUUAAAGAACAUAAUUAUACAUGUAUAUUUAUUUGAAAAAUUGCAAAUUAUUUUUUAAAGAUUGAUUGAAUAUGAAUAUAUGAAUAUCUACUUAAAACUUUGUUAGCUGUAAAAAAACUUUAUUUAAAAUGUUCUUAAACAUGUAGUUGUUAAUGAUACAAUUCUGCUGGGAUUGAUUUUAGCAAUUUUUAUUCCUUAACCUAUUUUUUCUGGGAUUUUUGAUAAGUCUAAGUUGAUUCUCUGCACAAACUAUGUAAAUGAAUUAGAUUAACAAGACUUACCUGUUAGUUGUACUUUGAUCAAGAUUUUAUUUUCUACCAACUCCUUAAGUGAUCACACAGAGAUGAUUUAGCUUAUUCUUCUGAUUUAGAAUAAUCGGUCAAGCGUGAAUCUGCAUGGUUUUCCAUGCGGCGUUCAUGCUUGAACAGCAGCAUUGAGCAUAAAAUCAAGCCAUAGGGUUGGGUUGGGAGGGUGUAAAAUCCCUUAAGUAGUUGAUAAAAGACAAAAUCUCGAUCAAACUCACAUUUUAACUUCUACCUUACUCCUUGUAGGGAUCACACAGAGAUUUUAGAGUUGAUUUUCAGCAAAAUCAAACAAAUUAUAAAAAAUUACUAUGUUUUUAAUUAAAUUUUAUGUUUGUUAUACUAAUAUAAUAUAUGAAAUAUAAUUAUACAAAGUGCAUGCACAACAUUAUCUUCUAAAUGUUCAACAUUAACCAGUCCCAGUCUAUUAAUCCUGAAUAGCUGAUUGAAUAGUUCGUUUUUGCCCCGGUUUGUCAUAAAAUCUUUUGAAUGUCCUAACAUUAGACCAUCCAGGAGUUUUGGUUAUUUUGUCAAGAGAAACACCUUUUAACUUUGCUGUGCUAGUGGCCACUGCUCUGAUGCUAUGUAAUGUAAAGGCAGAGCCAGUUAUUGGUUAGAAUUUGUUUGACCCACCAAGCAAUUAUUUCCUUUGAAACACCUUUAUAUAUCCUUUGAGUGCUUAUAUGCAAAGAUCCAUCUUUAAAAUAUCGCAGAUCUUCUGUCCUGCUUAAAUAUUCUUCAAAAGUUUUGACUAUGCAUAAUUUCUCAUUUUUGUGUCGCCUCUACGGAGUAGUG